GCAGGUGCGCGAAUGGAGAAAGAUGCAUGUGGCGUUUACCGUGAAUAGUAUAGAGCAGCUGUACGAAUGGCACGCGGCAGCUGUGAGAGCUGGGGGUGAGGAUAACGGCAAGCCCGGCCCGAGGGAGGAGUAUCAUGCCGGGUACCAUGGGGCAUUUGUGAGGGAUCCCGUGUUGGGAGUUAAUUUUGAGGUUGUGUAUCGUGAGCCUAAUGGAAAGAGUAUAAGGUUAGGCGAGAGCACGGAGUGAUCGGAUGACUAGAUACAAGCUACCUGUACGCUUUCUAGAGCAGUGAAGAAGACUAUCAUAGACCGCUAUCCUGGUAUUGUAUAUGGGGAUAUAGUUGUCUGGAGGCAGCCUGUUCAACAUCAACAGCCCAUAUAUAGCC